AUGGCUGCCAACGCCGCUAACAAGGAAAAGAAGGCCAAGGAGAAGAAGGCAGAAGAAGUAAUCCCACCCUAUGUUGAAGAUACCCCGGCCGGCGAGAAGAAGCGAAUUCGAUCGUUCGAGGAUCCCAAUUUCAAGGCUUACGAUCCUAUUGCGGUUGAAUCUGCAUGGUACGACUGGUGGCAGAAGGAGGGCUUUUUCAAGCCAAAGUUCACUCCUGAUGGCAAGGUUAAGGAAGCUGGCAGCUUCGUCAUUGUCCACCCUCCUCCUAAUGUUACGGGAUCUUUGCACAUGGGACACGCCCUGGGUGACUCACUGCAAGAUCUCAUGAUUAGAUGGAACCGAAUGAACGGGAAGACAACGCUGUGGCUUCCGGGAUGCGACCAUGCAGGUAUCUCGACUCAAAGUGUCGUCGAGAAGAUGCUUUGGAGGAAGGAGGGCAAGACCAGACAUGACCUUGGCCGCACCAAGUUCGUUGAAACUGUCUGGGAGUGGAAGGAAGAUUACCACAAGCGCAUCAACAAGGCCUUGACGCAUAUGGGUGGCUCGUUUGAUUGGACUUUCACCAUGGAUGCCAAUCUUUCCGCUGCAGUCGUUGAGACUUUCGUCCGACUCCACGAGGAAGGUAUCAUUUACAGAGCUAACCGACUUGUCAAUUGGUGCACACACCUGAACACUGCCCUGUCCAACCUGGAAGUCGACAACAAGGAACUCACUGGCCGAACGCUACUUGAUGUUCCAGGUUACGACAAGAAGGUUGAGUUUGGUGUCAUCGUCCAUUUCAAGUACCCAAUUGAGGGCUCAAAUGAAACCGUCGAAGUUGCCACCACUCGUAUUGAGACUAUGCUUGGUGAUACGGGUAUUGCUGUCCACCCCAACGAUUCUCGAUACAAACAUCUUGUUGGCAAGAGUGCUGUCCAUCCUUUUAUUCCUGACAGAAAGCUGCCCAUUAUUGCCGAUGAGUACGUCGACAUGGAGUUUGGGACUGGUGCUGUUAAACUGACCCCUGCCCAUGAUCCCAACGAUUUUACCCUGGGACAAAAACAUAAGCUCCAGUUUAUCAACAUUCUGACGGACGAUGGUUUGAUGAAUGAGAACGCUGGCCCAUACAAAGGCCAGAAGCGCUUUGAUGUCCGUUAUGCGAUCCAGGAUGCCCUGAAGGAGAAGGGUCUUUAUGUCGACAAGAAGGACAACGCUAUGAAGGUCCCAUUGUGCGAGAAAUCAAAAGAUGUCAUCGAGCCCAUUAUGAAACCUCAAUGGUGGGUUCGCAUGAAGGAGCUUGCUGAACCGGCCCUAGAGGUUGUCAGAGAGGGCAAGAUCAAGAUCAGACCAGACACUGCGGAGAGAAGCUACUUCAGAUGGUUAGAGGAUAUACAAGACUGGUGCAUUAGCAGACAGCUGUGGUGGGGUCACCGAUGCCCCGUUUACUUUGCUAACAUUGAGGGAGUUGCGAAGGAUACCGCAAAUGACAAUCUCUGGUUCUCUGGCCGAACCCGUGAGGAGGCUGAGAAGAAGGCAGCUGCUGCUCUGCCAGCAUGGUUUUCCUCUGGACUCUGGCCGUUCAGCACUCUGGGCUGGCCCAACAAAACUCAUGACCUGGAUACCCUCUAUCCUACCACCGUUCUUGAAACGGGUUGGGAUAUCUUGUUCUUCUGGAUUGCCCGUAUGAUUACUCUGGGCUUGAAGAUGACCGGAAAGAUCCCUUUCAGCGAAGUUUACUGUCAUAGUCUGGUCCGCGAUUCUGAGGGUAGAAAGAUGAGUAAGAGUUUGGGCAACGUCAUUGAUCCUCUGGACGUAAUCUCCGGUAUUAAGUUGGACGACCUACACCAGAAACUCUACCAGGGCAAUCUUCACCCGAGCGAGGUUGAGAAGGCCACCAAAUACCAGAAGACCGCCUUCCCUGACGGUAUCCCUCAGUGUGGCGCAGAUGCCCUUCGCUUCACGAUGAUUAACGCCAGCACUGGCGGCGCUACCAAGUACGUUCUGGGCAGCUUGCCUAACGACUUUACUCCCGCUGCAGAUGGCAUCAUUCGGGGAAAGACCUUAGCCGAGCGAUGGAUUCUUCACAAGAUGAACAGCGCUGCUAGAGAUCUAAACAUUGCCAUUGCGGACAGAGAGUUCCAAAAAUCCACCACCAUUAUCUACAAGUACUGGUAUGCGGAGCUUUGCGAUGUCUACAUUGAGAACUCCAAAGCCAUCAUCAGAGAUGGCACCGAGGAAGAGCGCCAGUCUGCUCUUCAAACUCUGUAUACAUCUCUAGAAUGGGCUUUGACUCUCAUCCACCCAUUCAUGCCCUAUAUUACGGAAGAGAUGUGGCAGAGAAUGCCCCGACGGCCUGGCGAUAACACCAAGUCUAUCAUGAUCUCCAAGUAUCCUCAGUACAGCCCUCUCCUGGAGGAUCCGGAAUCAGAGGCAGCUUAUGAGCUCGUCCUGGCUUGCACCAAGGCAGCCAGAUCCCUCAUGUCUGAGUACUCACUCAAAGAGAAUGCUGAAGGUAAGUCAGUCUUUGUCCAGGCAUACAACGAGGCUACGCUGAAGACUUGCAACGCCGAAGUGGCAUCUAUCAAGUCCCUCAGUGGCAAGAGCGUCCAGACCAUGCACGUUAUUGGACCUGAUGCUCCCCGCCCUGCUGGAUGUGUCGCCUAUCCUGUUUCCACCUCCGUUGCCGUCUUCUUGCACGUCAAGGGUCGCGUUGACAUGGAUGCUGAGAUUGCCAAGGCCCAGAAGAAGCUGGAGAAGGCUAAGAUGAGCAUUCAGAAGCAGGAAAAGAUUCUGUUGGACCCUGGUUACAAGGAGAAGGUCUCUGCGGCUAUUCGUGAGGGUGACGAGCAGAGACUGGCUGAUGCUAAGCAGGAGGCUGUCAGUUUUGAGGAGACUAUCAAGCAAUUUGAGCAGCUCAAAUUAGAGUAG